AAAGGGAGGUAAAUUUGUAAGGUUAUGUCACUGAGUACCUUGUAUCUUUUUGUUAUCUUUUAAAAAUGGUAUUUGAUAUAGGUGCAUUCAAAGUGUGAAACUGAUUAUGAUCUCAAUUUAAGCGGACAAAACGUUUGAUAUAAAUAUUUUUUCAACAUCUUGCUGACAAUACUUGAAUGACAUGGCGCUACUUCACAGUUUGGAAAUAUGUGGAGUGAGGAGCUUCAGCCCUGACGACAAGCAAACAAUCAAAUUCGACAAACCAGUCACGCUGUUCCUUGGUCAAAACGGCUGUGGAAAAACCACCAUCAUAGAAUGCAUCAGAUUCGCUCUGACCAGUGAACUGCCGAGCGGUUCCAGCAAUGGCCAAGGCUUCUUGAAUGAUCCCCAAAUGUCCAGCAAGACAACUACGAAAGGAUCCAUAAAAAUCAAGUUCCUAGACGCCGAAGGCAACAUGAUCACGGUGAGUCGGGUGAUAAUGGUGACCGCGAAAACGGGCGGCGGAUUGACCUUCAAAAAACUAAACUUCUCCGUGCGCAGACGCGACAAAAACGACCCCGACAACGUGCAGGACAUCUCUGGACGCUGCAUGGAUAUCGACUCCUACUGCGCCACCGCCCUCAACGUCUCCAAGUCCAUCCUGAACAACGUUCUCUUCUGCCACCAGGAGAACUCGGCGUGGCCCCUUGACAUCCCGCAGAAGUUGAAGGAAAAAUUCGACGAGAUCUUCGACGCGGUCAAGUACAACAAGACGGUCGACAACAUGCGGAAGGUCAUCAAGGAGAAGCAGACCGACCUGAGGGUCCUCGAGAGUCACCUGGUGAACUCGCAGCGCGUCAAGGACGAAGCGGCCUCGAAAUUGGCCAAGUUCAACGAGAAGAAGGACAAGCUGGAAGAGGUCAAAGAGAAGAUCCGGCAGAAGAAGGACGAGUUGCAACCGCUGGAGAAGAGGAUGAGGGAGAUUUUGGAACUGGAGGAGUCUCUGGGGGAGUUGCAGUCGGAACUGACCAAGAAGGAGGCCGAGAGGAAAGGUCUUAUCGAACAACAAUCUACCAUAAAGAAACACAUCACUUACAUUUUCGAGGGAUCCGAUGUGGAACUGCAAAACAGAAUGACUUCUUUUCAGGCUGAGCAAACUAGUGAAGAGAACAUCAUAAGAGAGCUAGAACGGAAAAAGAUUGAUAUAACAAAAAAAGCCGCAGAAAUAAGCGUUUGUAUUCAAAGGAAGCAAAUUCGCAUUGGUCAACUGAAGGAAGAGCAAAAACAGUACAGAAACAAGUUGGAGGAGAACAAAGAGUUGACCGAAAGACUGAGGUUGAGUUUGGAGCUAGAGGAAUUCGACGAUAUUAACGACAGGCUCGGCGUCUCCAGAAGUCUACAGAACGCUCUAGAGAAUUGCAAUCAAACCUACCAGAAACUCGCCAAAGAAAAGGACAUCCAAGAGAAGGAGUUCCAAAACCGAAUCGAUGAAAUCCGUGAAAAAGCUGCAGGAACCAAACAGAUAAUAUCGUCCAAGAACAACUUGAUCCAAGAGUGUCAGGCCAAGCUCAAGCAGAUCAGGAACAAACUGGAAGAACUCGAUACUUCUGAUUCCCAGUUGCGCAUAGUUGAGGACAAGAUCGAGAAGCUACAAGCCACUCUUGCGAAAUUGAAGAACUCCUUCAACGAAUCUGAGAAAUUACAAGAAAUCGAUCAGUUGAAAGAGGAAGUGGAAAGUAAGGAGCAGUUGCUGGAUAAGCUGGACAGGGAGUACAGAAUCCUGCAGCAGAAUUUCGCGACAGAGCAGAAGCUAGACAGCGAAAAGUCUUUGGUAAUAAAGAAACAAGGCGAGAUGACCAGCAUCAAAAGCAAACAUUCUCACAAUCUGCAAAAGCUUUUCGGAGAAGAUAUCCCGGAGAGAAACUUCAAACGGUUGGUCCAGGAGAUCCAGACACGAGAAGAGAACAAAUUCAAGGCAAUGACUUUUAAAAUUAAUCAGCUAGAGAAAGACCUCGCCCAAAUAGAAACGACGAUAAACCAUCAAAAGAAGAAACUGGGGAACGACCAAAACGAUCUCGCUCUAAAAAUGAAAAAGGUCUCAGAUGUGUGCAAAGGGAAGCCAUUCGGCGAGGUAUUGAAAGAAACGCACUCCAAGCGAGAGAAGCUGCAGAGGAACAAAGGAGAGUACAGUUCAGGUAAGAUAAUGUACGAAGCGUUCAUAGCGAAGUUCCAGAAAGAGUCGCCUUGCUGUCCGAUAUGUCAGACUGACUUCGCUAACAAACAGUCCGCCGUCAGCAAUGUAAUAAGUCAACUGAGAAGCAAGGUCGAAAGCUUUCCGAAUCGGCUAAAAGAAACGGAGAACGAGCUGAAGAAAACGGAAGAGUUUUACAACAAAUUGCAGCAGCUCCAGCCGAUCAACAAAGACAUAGAAUCCCUGAAGAACGUCAAUAUUCCGGUAAUGCAAAAGGAAAUCGACAGAUUGAACGAAAUUUUUGAGGAAAAGUCGAUGGAGUUGGCUGCUGAAAAAGUCAGCCUAGUCAAUCCGCAGGAGCUUCUAGAAGCUAGUAAAGAGAUUAUCACGGACGCCGCUCUUUUAGAUCAGUAUAUGUCGGAUAUCGUUCAAGCUAAUGCUCUCAUAGAGGAGCUGGAGCAGACAAUAGUCAAGGUACCAUCCAAUCGUUCCCGCCAAGAAACCGAAGCUGAAAUCGAUAUCAUGAAAGCACAACUAAGCAACAUCAAAAACCGCCACGAAUCUGCCAAAAAAAUGCUCGAACAACACCGUGACAGGUGUCAAAACUUGAACAGGGACAUGCAAGCGGAGACGCAGAAACAGAUCAACAUACAAAAAUUAGUACAGGAAAAACCACUUCUGGAACUACAGAACACCGAGAAUAACGAGAAACUCUCCCUUCUGAGGUCGGAAGUGGAAGAGCUGAAGGGUCAGUCGCAGAUUCAGGAACGGCAAUUGAAGAGCGCUAUUGAAGAUCGGCAGGAACUCGUAGAGAAGAACCGGAAGGUAAAAGAGGAAGAGCGGGGUAAGAUCGUUGAGAACGAAAAAACUUACGGAUACAUCCAGAAACUCCUGGAUAGUUUAAACCGUUACGAAGCUAAUGAUAACGAUAAUAAGUUGGAUGUUGCUGUGGAAGAGCUCGCCAAGCUCAAGAUUGACGAAGAAAAGUUAGAGCAGGAGAAGAAUAAAGUUAUGGAAGAUGUGUCAAGCAGGAAAGAAGCCCUGGCCAAGAAGGAGAGCCAGUUCAGGGCUCUGAAAGAUAAUGUCACGUUGCGCGAGAAGCAGAAGCUGGAAUCUGCACUUGUCUCGGUGAUUGAAGACCUGAAAGUGAACAUAGGCGGUUACAACUACCGGCAAGUCUAUGAGGAGAAGAAGAGGAAAACAGAAGACAUCGAGAAGAAGCGGAGGGAGAUCAGCUCCAUGAAGGGGCAGCAAGAGGAGAUCGAACAGCAGGUCAGAGAACUGGAGAAGGAGCUCGCCAAGCCGGAAAUCAAAAACGCGUACAACAACUACAAGAAGAAAUACUACGAAGUGGUAGUUAACAAGUUGGGAAUUGAGGAUCUGCACAAGUUCGCCGUGGUGUUGGAAAAGUCGGUUUUGAAGUUUCACGAGGAGCGCAUGGUGCACAUCAACCGAACGAUUCGCGAGCUCUGGAGGAGCAUUUACAGGGGCAACGACAUCGACUACAUCGAGAUCAAGACUGACGAGAACAUGACCGGGGGAGCCGGUAAGAGGAGAACGUACAACUACAAAGUUGUUCAGGUGAAAAACAACGUGGAGUUGGAGAUGCGCGGCCGAUGCAGCGCCGGUCAGAAAGUCCUCGCUUGCCUCGUGAUCCGGAUGGCCCUGGCCGAAACUUUCAGCGCACAUUGCGGAAUUCUAGCUCUCGACGAACCUACCACUAAUUUGGACAGGGAGAACAUUCUAAGCUUGAGUGACGCUCUCUCUAGGAUCAUCACGGACAGAGAACGGGAAAGCAACUUCCAGCUGCUCAUCAUCACACACGAUGAGGAUUUCUUGAAGAGUCUGACGGGCGUGCAGAGUUUAGACAGUUUCUGGAAGGUAACCAGGAACCAGGGCGGGUUCUCUAAUGUAGAACGAGUAUGUUUGUGAUUUGGACAGUUACUACAGUUUUUAUUUUUAUAUAAUGGAGUAUUCCUAGUUUUGUUGAAAUUUUUCUAAAUAUUGCUUUAUGAACUUGUUCAUUCCGAAUAUAUGUUGCAAAAACGCAAUAUAUCUGUCUCUUACAAUUCAAAA